AUGGAGAAUAUACACGAAGUACCAAUAUUAAAUCUGCAUAACAUGAACAACAUACCAAUGCCUCAGCAGCAACCGCAACAACAACUCCAACAACAACAGCAGCAACAGCACCAGCAGCAGCAGCAACCACCACCACAACAACAACAACCACCUCAUCAACAGCAGCCAGUGCCUAACCAAAUAAAUUUACAGACGAAUCCAGUAGAAGCACCUCCGGCAGCGCCGGACGAGCACAAGCCGUCUAAGCCUGAAAAGAAAAAGAAAGAGGCGAUAGACGGACAAGCGAGGGAGAUUAUUUUUAAAGUGAUAAAGUUCUUUGAGAGUGAAAAACAAAAUAGGGGCUACGCUUUCCCCGUGGACAAUGUUGUAAAAAGGGCGUGCGCUGCUACCGGCCUUUCAGAGAGCACAAUAAAAAGGAUAAAAAGGGAUGGCUUGCGGGCUGAAGCGACGCACACUAAGAUGACUGGCCCUAAGAAGAAGCGUGUGCGGAAAACGAAGGUUCAGCUCGAUUACUUCCAGCUGUGCGCGCUCAGAGGUAUCGUCAAUAGCUACGGCAACAGGAAGGAGGUUCCAACGCUAGGGAAAAUUUUGGCGGCGGCGAAACACGAGCUGAACUAUAGGGGCGGCAAGGAGUCCUUAAGGUUAAUACUGUUGAACAAACUCGGAAUAAAGUUUAAAAAGUGUGAAAAGAAGAACAAAAAACCGCCAGAGCCUAUGCAACAGGUACCAAAUGUUCAGCCCAUGCAACAGAUACCAAAUGUGAUUCCUCAUCCCCCAAUGCAGCCAGUGAAGCCAGAGAACCAGUAUGUUUACAACAAUAUGAUGCCCCAGGUGCCUCCAGUUUCAUAU